GCGCAAAUUCCAGAAUCGCUAGUGUCGCUACGAACACAUAAAUGAUCGGAAUUUACUCGACGCUUGCAUCGCCUUAACUUAAGUAAUAUUUUUUCGUGAAUCCAAAAAUAUUCACAUAUAUGUAUAAUAUGCAAAGACAAAAGUAUCAGUAAUAUUUAAAUAGAGGAAUAAUAAAGUAAAUUGAAAAUUGUUUAAUUGUAUAUACAAAUUUGGAAUAUCUGCAUUUGUGCACACCUUUGGAUUUUUUAAUAUUGUUCCAAAGGAUAAACCUCAACAAAUUGUAAAACAAAUACGUAUUAUAUAAAUUAAGAAAGAUGGAUCAAUAAAAUUUUAAAUGUAUAGUGAAUCAAGUGGUUUUAAUGAAAUUCAUAUAAACUUUACAUUUGACAAUUACGUAUAUAUUUAUAUACAGAUUAUAAUGAAUUUUGAAUGAAUAUAAAUUAUUUUGAUAUUUCCAUUAGUAUUAUCAACAUGGUAUUUCCAACAAAAUUAGCGCAUAAAGCAAAUAGAAUUUCUUAUCACUAUUAUAAUGUGUUCGUGAUAUAUUUAUUAAUGUUUACAUUAUUUAUUAUUUUAAUAGCAACAUAUAUCUUUAAAUUUGAAAGUACUCAAAAGCAUUCGAUAUAUAAUGCUAUUGUUUUUAAUGAUUUAACUUCUUUACCUAUACAUGCAAUAGAUGCAGAUUCCCCUACAGCAGAUGCAACGAAUUCUUCUUGCACAUAUUUUAGUUGUUUUAACGUUUAUCGUUGUGGUAGUCAAGGAAAUAAGCUUUUAGUAUAUGUUUAUCCACCAAAAACAUACAUAGAUGCUUCAGAAAAGCCCAUUACGAGUCAAAUGUCAAAAGAGUUUUAUCAGAUUCUAUUUACUAUAAUUUCAAGUAAAUUUUAUACACCAAAUCCAUAUGAAGCAUGUAUUUUUAUCCCUUCGCUUGAUACAUUAAAUCAAAACAGAUUAAAGUUACAAGAAGUUUCGCAAGCUCUAAAAUCAUUACCAUUCUGGAAUAAUGGGGAGAAUCAUCUUAUAUUUAAUAUGGUACCUGGAAGUGUGCCUGAUUAUAAUACAAUCAUUGAUGUACCAAUUGGAAAAGCAAUGAUUGCAGGAGCUGGAAUGUCAUCAUUAACAUAUAGAUCUGGUUUUGAUAUCAGUUUACCAGUAUACAGUCCUUUAAUAAACAAUUUCAAACCAAAUGUUAACAAUACAAGGCAGUGGUUAACAAUUUCAUCUCAGAUUAACAUUAACUCUGCUUUCGAACAAGAUUUAAUAGAAGUUAAAUCUCUGUCGCCAAAAGAAAUAUUAAUAUUAAGUCCGUGUUUACAGUAUAGUUCUAUGAAUAGUACAAUUCGAUGUGCAGAAACAGAUGUUUAUAAGUAUCCUGAUGUACUUCAGACAGCAGUAUUUUGCUUAGUGAUUCGAAGUGCAAGACUUGGGCAGAGUACACUUCUAGAAAGUAUGGCAAUGGGUUGUAUACCUGUAAUUAUAGCUGAUUCUCUUGCAAUGCCCUUCCAUGAUGUAAUCGAUUGGACCAGAGCUGCUAUAUUUGUACGUGAAGUAGAUAUUUUGUCAGUGAUAUCAGUCUUAAAAAAGGUGUCACAGCAACGAAUUACAGAACUUCAACAACAAGGUGCAUGGCUUUACGAAAAAUAUUUUAAAUCCAUGGAAAAAAUAACGGAAACUACGUUAGAAAUACUUGCAGAUCGUGUGUUUCCACAUUUGGCUAGAGAUUACAUUUUUUGGAACAUAUCACCUCGCAAGGAUAUUACAUCUCCUCUUUUGUUACCUAUUACUGCGCCAAAAACUCGAGGAUUUACUGCAGUAAUUUUAACAUACGAUAGAUUGGAAUUACUAUUUCUCUUGAUUAAUAAGCUCGUUAAAGUGCCAAGUCUGAGUAAAGUGCUAGUAAUUUGGAACAAUCAACAUAAAGAUCCACCGCACUCGUCAAGGUGGCCGAAAUUAAACAAACCAUUAAAAGUUAUACAAACAAAAGAAAAUAAAUUAUCUAACAGAUUUUAUCCUUAUGAUGAAAUUGAAACUGAAGCAGUUUUGUCAAUAGAUGAUGACAUUAUUAUGCUGACUGCAGAUGAAGUAGAAUUCGCCUAUGAGGUUUGGAGAGAAUUUCCCGAUCGAAUAGUUGGCUUUCCAUCCCGAAUUCACAUAUGGGAUAAUGGUACAAAUUGUUGGAAAUAUGAAAGCGAAUGGACUAACAGUAUUUCUAUGGUUUUAACUGGAGCUGCAUUUCAUCAUAAAUAUUGGAAUUAUAUGUAUACUACUGCUAUGCCAGGAGAUAUCAAAGAAUGGGUUGACGAUCACAUGAACUGCGAAGAUAUAGCUAUGAAUUUUUUAGUAGCAAAUAUUACGAGAAAAGCACCGAUAAAAGUAACACCAAAAAAGAAAUUCCGAUGUCCAGAAUGUACAAAUACUGAAAUGCUUUCAGCAGAUCUAGCACAUAUGGUGGAACGCACACAAUGCAUAAAUAAAUUUUCUUCAAUCUAUGGGUCAAUGCCAUUACAGUCAGUUGAAUUUCGUGCAGAUCCAGUUUUAUUCAAAGAUAUAUUUCCUGAAAAGCUUAAAAGAUUUAAUGAUAUUGGAAGUUUAUAAAGUUUUAUUAUAUACUUUAAAAGAGAUUUCCUUUACUAAUAUUAAAUCACUUUUGUAAAAUAUUUAUUGUACAUUAUCUUACUUGUUAUUACAUUAUGUAGCUAUUU